GUCCGGGCAUGUGGUAAUAGUAUUUAACUAGUCUCCAGCAAGGAGAUGGAGAUUCCACAUGUAAAUGAUACCAUAUGACAUCUGUAAGGGGAUCCUGGGAGCUAAUGUCAGAAGAAAGUGACUCGCUGAGAACCAGCCCUUCCGCGGCCUCGCUUUCGGAAAAUGAGCUGCCGCCGCCUUCCGCCCCCGCCGGCUACGUGUGCUCACUGACUGAGGACCUGGUGGCCAAAGCCAGGGAGGAGCUGCAGGAGAAGCCAGAAUGGAGGCUCCGCGACGUGCAGGCUCUGCGGGACAUGGUGCGCAAGGAGUGCCCCAACCUGAACACCUCGCUGGAGGACGCCUUCCUGCUGCGCUUCCUCCGCGCCCGCAAGUUUGACUAUGACCGGGCCCUCCAGCUGCUCGUCAACUACCACAGCUGCCGGAGAAGCUGGCCCGAAGUCUUCAACAACCUGCGGCCUUCCGCCUUGAAGGAGGUCCUGGCCUCCGGCUUCCUCACCGUGCUGCCGCACACCGACCCCAGGGGCUGCCACGUCCUCUGCCUCCGCCCAGACAGGUGGAUCCCGAGCAACUACCCAAUUACGGAAAACAUCCGAGCCAUAUACCUGACAUUAGAGAAACUCAUUCAGUCUGAAGAAACCCAGGUGAAUGGAAUUGUAAUUCUUGCAGACUACAAAGGAGUGAGCUUAUCAAAGGCAUCUCAUUUUGGCCCUUUUAUAGCCAAAAAGGUGAUUGGCAUCCUUCAGGACGGUUUCCCCAUUCGGAUCAAAGCAGUCCAUGUAGUGAAUGAACCUCGAAUAUUUAAAGGUAUUUUUGCCAUCAUAAAACCAUUUCUGAAGGAGAAGAUAGCAAACAGAUUUUUCCUUCACGGGUCUGACCUGAACUCUCUCCAUACAAACCUUCCAAGAAACAUCCUCCCCAGGGAAUACGGGGGCACGGCUGGAGAGCUGGACAUCACCGCCUGGAAUGCGGUGCUGCUGGCCUCGGAGGAGGACUUCGUGAGGGAGUUCUGCCAGCCGGGCCCUCCCUGUGACAGCAUCCUGGGCCAGCCCCUGCCACCCGAGGGGCUGAGCUCAGAGGCGCCCUGUGAUGACUCCAUGCGGGCCGUGAAAUCGCAGCUGUACUCCUGCUACUAGCCAGUCUCCCGCGAAUGUCACCAUCUUCACAACCUUUCCUUCUUUCUUCGGAGAGGCCCAAGGAGGAUUCGAGGUGCCAGGGAUUGUCUUGCUCCUUGGAACGGAACUGCAGCAUGGGGGAAAAGCCUGGAGAGCUCUGAGCCACAGGGUGAGGUUUGGGUGGCUUGAAUGACUCUGGAAGACAUGGAGAAAGUCCCCCAGCAAUUCCAAAAUAUUUGGAAUCCCAGUGUGCAGCCAUGAAUGUGGAAGCCGUGUCUGGUAAUUACAGAGCUCAAAGCAAGAAACAUCAGGACCAACGUCACUUUGAUCCCACGUUCCAGGAGAAAACCCCGAUUGGCCAGGCAGAGCAUUCCUGUGAGACGAUUUGACCACGCCUGCCAGGGGGCCACAUGUAAGAUGGUGAGAUUGUCUUCAAAGAGACUACAGACCUCUCUCAUCUUGAAAGUCUGAGGGUCUGGAAAGCACCUUUACUGAAUCAUGCAAGAGGACAGAAGCAGCACCUCCUGAUCAAACUCGGGAACCAGGGACCUUAUGUACCCUUGGGAUUCAUGGGUUGAAUCUUGCAAUAGAACUUUAAAGUUUUCCCGAACCCAUUAAGCCUUAGUCCUGGUUCUCAAAAGAAUCAUACGUGAUCCUAGACGCACAUGAGUUUACUCAACCAAGAAGCCUGGAUGUCAGUCCUGUAUAGCUAAAAGAAUUCUGGCCUAAG